CUAUGUCAUCCACCAAAGAAUAGUUUUCAGUUCUAUAUUCCUUUCCAAGUUUGUCACUAAAUUAGGCCUCUGUUUUAUUAAACUUUAACAUCAUAUUUUGGUCUCUUUGGGUGGAACUAAAUUUACCCUUUAACAUGGUGUUUUUGAUGAUUGAUUCUAAUCAAGAGUGUGCAGCAUGUGAAAAAUCUUUACGAUCAACAGAGUAUUCUGUAUUUGGUGGAAAUGUUACCUGCUGUGUUAUGUGCAUUUUUUCUUCAUCUUGUGCGGUUCUUUUGAACUGUAGUACUAGUCAUACAGCUGAUAUAGCUUUACGUGGUCUCUGUGAAGACUUGAAUAUUCCUUUUCAGCCUACCAUGCUGAAAUGGGAAGCUGGUCCGAAACCUAUAAAUGGCGUAUGGGCUCCAUGGUGGUAUGACAGUGCUCACAAGUCAACUGGCUUUAAAACAGAACGUGGAUAUCCGAAGACAUUUCCUCCUUUACUUUUUGACUUACUAGAACAAUGUCUACCCUUCUACAACUUUCUCAAGCGUCGUCUUAAGAGAUCAUUUUCCCUUCUGAGCUCACCCUUGCCCCCACCCAGUCUUCCUGUUCCCGAGAAUGAGAAGCUGCUUGCAUGGGUUGGUGAUAAGCUGCUACCUCGUGAUAGUGCAAAGGUUUCAGUGUUUGACUCAGUAGUACAAGGUGGCGAUUCUGUUUGGGAAGGACUUCGUAUUUACAAAGGAAAAGUAUUUAAGCUUGAGGAGCAUCUGGAUAGAAUGUUUGAUUCGGCAAAAGCUCUGGCUUUUAACAGUGUUGCAACACGUGAAGAGGUAAAGGAAGCUAUAUUCACCACUCUUAUUAGGAAUGGCAUGUUUGAUAAUUCCCAUAUACGCCUAAGUUUAACUCGUGGCAAGAAGGUCACUUCUGGAAUGAGUCCUGCAUUCAAUCUUUAUGGAUGCACCUUAAUUGUUCUUGCUGAAUGGAAGCCACCUGUCUAUGAUAACACCAAGGGUAUUGUUUUGGUUACUGCAACUACCCGUCGUAAUUCUCCAAAUAAUUUGGAUUCAAAGAUCCAUCAUAACAACUUACUGAACAACAUACUUGCUAAGAUAGAAGGAAUUAAUGCAAAUGCUGAUGAUGCCAUAAUGCUUGAUAAAGACGGAUAUCUAUCUGAAACAAAUGCAACAAAUAUUUUUAUGGUGAAAAAAGGCAGAGUCUUUACACCUCACGCGGACUAUUGUCUUCCUGGAAUAACUCGAGCUACUGUCAUGGACCUUGUGGUGAAGGAGGGUUUUGUCUUAGAAGAGCGACGGAUCAGCCUCUCAGAGUUCCAUACGGCAGAUGAGGUGUGGACAACUGGAACAAUGGGAGAACUGAGCCCAGCUGUGAAGAUUGAUGGCCGUUUGAUUGGAGACGGACAGGUAGGACCUGUGACACUAAGAUUGCAGGAGGCUUACAAAAAAUUGACAGAAGAUAUAGGUGUUCCUAUCCCCACCUAUCAGAAAAUUUGAUCGAUUUCUGUUGAAAGACUUAUAUUGCUGGAGUAGACAGCUUGAAUGGUGAACCUGAUUCACUUUCAAAUAAGUUGGAUUCCAAACAAACAACUGCAAAUGAAGAACGCACCAGCAGGAAAAAACCCGUGUUCUUCAAAGAUAUUUUUUCGUUGUUGAUUUUUAUAAAUUUAGUUUUUGUAUAGGAUAUGCUGGUUUAAAAUAAGAACCUCUAACUAUGCGUGCUGAGCGCCUAGGUAGUGAUUUGAUGGAGUUUCGGGUUUAGCCUUGUUAUGCAAUGUUUCAUUGUGUUCUAAUAUGUAAAUUAAAAAUCUUGAUUCUGGACAAUUAUCUCAACAUUCAAUAAGAUUU